AACUUUCAAAUCUAAAUUUCCCAACUUCCCGCCUCCCAACUCCUCAAAUCCCCAAAACCCCACUCCUCAUACCCACUCCCCCUACAUUGCCAUAAACCUAUAUUGCCAUAGACCUAAUGAGCCCACCCAGAACAAAAGCCCAUCGUCCGCCAAUGACAAAGAGCUCCCUUUAUGCCCCGUUCAUAUGCAUUGUAAAUUAUAAUUGUAAUUUCUUGUUGUCAGUGUAACGUGUUAGUCAUCUUCAUCGCAUUAGCAUAGCUGCUUAACGCAGCACACGUUUCAAAUUCUUGUGGGAACACUUUCUAUGCAGGAAUAUUAAGUGAAUAAAGAAUUUUUCUUUUACAAAAACCUUUUAUUAUUUCCCCGUGAUUAUUCCAUUGCAUAUUCAGAAAGUACAUCAUACAAUAAUAAGGCUGCGUGGUAGCAAAACACCGUAUUGUAUUCAGAAAAGUAAUCGCCGUGUUGUGCGAACCGAGCAGAUAAUUUAUAUUUUUUUGUUUUUCUGGUUAUCGAAUAAAGAAUAUAUAAAUGUAUGGCAGUUUAUUUGUCCCCUCAACCGAUAUAAGUUCCUGUUGUCUAUUAACAGUUCCUUCGAUAUUUAUCGCGGUCAUUGGGUCUGUGGUAAACUGAUUUCCUAAAGGAUCACCCUGUGUUUAUGACAUUCUAUUGUUGCCAACAAGGCGUGUCAGUCACAUUGAAAGAAUCGGAAAGACUGACAAAUAAUAUCUAAUCCCCGAUUGUAGUUUCCUUUUAAGGAAAAAUCCUGUUUACCGCUCAGAAUUGUCGUCGAUAAACACACCUGGAUAUUGAAAGGGAUGAGACAUUUCCUGACAAAUCGUCCUGUUUUUCUGGUUUUAUUUUAAGCUACUUUGGAAGGCCUAUCUAGUCCAAGGAAAUUAAACACUGUGACCAAUCUCUGGAAUAACAAGCUAUUUUCUGUGGACCUUUUCGAAAUGCGAUCAAGGUCCACAUGAAUUUAGCCACGAUGCUUAAUAUUUGAUUAAGGGUUAUUCGCGGAUAUCUUGUUAUCUAUCAAUUUUACGAUAAAAAUAGUUAUUACAGAAUUUGUAGCUGAGGAAAUUCUCUACAAGAAAGGCUCUAUAGGUUUAUUUCGUAGGAAUAACCGUUUCUGAGAUAAUGUCUCAUGCGAGUAUAAUGAACACCGGUAUGGGCACUUCUGAAGUGUUGCUAUAAACAGUUAAAAUAAUGAUGUAUACUAAAUCGUGGCUCGUUACAAAUUACUUGAGAAUUCUAAUUUAAGAAACGAACUCUAAUUUAGCAAACUCUAAUUUAAGCAAAUUCUAAUUUAAGCUACACUCUUCGAAAAAAAGAUAAAAUAGUAAAACGCCAUGAUCGAAAUUUAUCCGAUGACGUACCCAAUGGUUGACACAUCACAUUACACACACAGGUGUGUUGCGAUAAGAUUACGUUAGUUGAGUGAUCAUGAGCCAUACACGGAAACGCAACGGCCAUAUCACGAGUGAAAUUGCUACUCAUUCAAUUUUAGUGGUUGUAAUAUACAAAUUAGAAGAAACCUCGCGAAAAUCUUGAAGAUGGUCGGUGACACCGUUGCUAGUUUAGCUGUUUCGCUCGUUUCGAUUCUCGCGGGAAGCGUAGUCUCAACAGAAGCCCCGCAACAGUGUUCUUCGUUCUGCGUGUGUGACACUUGGUACGGGUUGCAGCGCGCUUCUUGCACGAGCCGCCAUCUUUACAGCAUAGACACAGGUGCACCCACCGACGUGCUGGCUUUGGAUUUGUCGGAUAAUGUCAUAUCGUUAUUAGGCGAUUACGAAUUGAUGGACGCAGGAUACGUAAAUCUGUUAUACCUAAAUCUUUCACGGAAUUCAAUUACGGAGAUUCGUAUUAACGCUUUCGAGGGGUUAACAAACUUAACCGUGUUAGAUUUAUCGAACAAUCAUCUUUACUUCAUUUUACCUGAUGUCUUCCUGCAGAGUCCCAAUUUAGCUACGUUAAAGUUAGCGCAUAAUAAUUUCAAUUCGAAUGUGCCAAUAUUGUAUUCACCUACGUUAAUGGAACUCAGUUUGAACGGCUGUCGCAUCAGUGAGUUACCUCAGAAUACGUUCAAUGGACUCGCAAACAUUCGUCGACUUGAUCUGUCGUAUAAUUUGAUGAUUCAGAUGAGUAGCAUGGUGCUGCGGCCGUUGCAGCGUUUGAAGAAGAUAUCGUUAGAAGGAAACCCCUGGUCCUGCAACAAGCCGAUGUUCGACCUCCAAGUGGACCUAGAAAAACGAAACAUCCAAUUCAAACGAAUAUGCGGUGCAGAAAAGCCAAAGAUGUUCGAGAAGAUGAUUAUAGCACCCCAACAGCUGCACCCCAAGCCGAGUAAUCGACCGUCAAACCGUUUUCAAUCACCGAGUAAUCGAUCUACUCAAAUGAAGCAUCCGAAUUUGGAUAUUAAUACUCCAUCGAUCUGCAAGAACAACGGUCAGGAGAUACACAGUGACGCUUAUGGGAAGCACUUCUCAUCCUACUGGCUACUUCUGAUCGGUUUUAUAACGGGCGUUGCGUGCGGAAUGUUCGGCUGCUACGUUUGGUUGUCCGGAGCGUUUCGAUGCAACAGAAGAUUCUCGUUUCGCGAGCAGAGAGUGUCGCGUUUGUUCGAUUGGUACUUACACGACUACAUCGAAAGGGAAUCCAGUUGGAGUUGGAUGGAAUCGCGUCCAGACACUCCACCGCCACCCUACGGGGAAGUGAUGUUGCGGCCAAACUUUUAUCGUUAUCCGUCAACAGCUUCCAAUUUCAAUGACAAUGCGACCGGAUAUAGAUAGAGGUAACUUAUUGUCGCUGCAGCGUAUCUGGGACAAAGUACACACGUAUCGUUGGAAAAUUCAUUCGACUUUCAAAUUUCAAUUGACUUUUUUCUCUUCUUUUGUAUUUUUCAUGCGUCAUCUUUUGUACUUUUGCGUAAUUGCUCUCGACCAUUGGAGUAAUUAAAAUGUACCUUUGGUAAACUGUCACGGAUUUAGUUUGUAAAGCGGAGGAAUUUUGAGGGUUCAGAAUAUUCAGCUACUGAUUCGAAAAUUUGGACAUUUGCUUUAAGAAUUUAGAAAUUUGGAGAUAUGAAAAUAUACGUGUUGAACAAUUUAUUUGGAAAUGUACAAAUUGAAAAUUGUAGAUAAGAAUUGGAAAUUUGGAAGUCACAAUGAAUACAAAGGUUGAAAAAUGUAGGAGUUUGCAAAUUAAAAAAUUAAAGAAUUCAUAAAUGCAGAAAUGAAUGCAGAAUGACUUAAGAAGUGCGAAAACAUUUAUACUUUUGAAUGGCCAAGUUCCUGCAUAAUUACGCCAAUGGUCGAAUUAACAAGUGGGAGGUCAUCGACCAGUAAUCGAUAAGCAACAAAAAUAAAUUUAGUUAAUUAAUCAACGAUAAAGCAGAGCAGUUAGUGAACACGUUC